AAGCGGAGGAUGUGGUGCGGCGCCAGCGGAGCGCGGCGGCGGCGGCGGAGCAGCCCCAGCCCCAGCGCGGAGGGCUCAGCCCAGAUGGUCAGGGUCAUUCACUGCCUCUUGUCUCUUUUCAUAAAAAGAAGCUGGCAAAGAGACCAGGAUACAUGAGACCAGAAGCUCUGCAACAGAUAGAAUUACAUCCUCCUGCUGACUGCGAGCCAUUCAACCCAAAGGGCCUUGAACAUGGCAGAAAACAAUGUGAAGACUUCAAGAACUGCUCUUUGCACAGACUAUGCAAAAAUGACAUUGAAUCCUUAUAUUGUAAUUCAUCUGUAAGCAGUACCAUAGUUACCACCAAUGUGGUAACAACAUCCAUCACUGCUGGCAAUACGACAGUAAGCCUCAGAAAUCUGUCAGAUCUCAGGAUUCAGCUGUCUGAAAAUGUAAUUCUGCCGGUUUGUCCUGCAGCUGCCAGAUGUAAAAGAGACUUCUCACCUGUGUGCAGUUCAAAUACAUGGCAGACUAAUCGACUAGCAACUACGUGGGAGACAAUCCAUGGUGCUAGAGUAAAGGAACCACAGAAAAUGUACUCUUUGGAUCAGAAGGAAGUGAACAAUAACUGUGAAUAUAACAAAGAAGUUACUACUUACUCGUCCAGUACUUGGGAUAGCUUUAAUUCAAAUUUCAGCUUCAUACAGCUCUCACUGAACUCAAGUUUUGAAAAAAGUGACAAUGAAGGCCAGUCAGAUGGCAGGGCAAUGGAACGCACACUGCAAACAAAUGCAACAGGACAAAUAAAAAAUGUUAACUUACAUGAACCAGGGAAGAGACUAAGAAGUUCACAUAAAGACAUAGGGGCUUCAUCUUGCAUUUGUAGGCAUGGUGAGGGUUAUCAGUGUGCAAGAGAGACUAUAGUGGAUGAUAAAUUGCAGGAUUGUGAGAUGGUAUCUCUUUCAGAUACAGAUGCAGCAUUUUCAUGUUCUACAGAUUCCUCAGAUGCAGCAUCUGCUGGUUCUUCUGUUACCUCAGGCUAUGAAAGUAGCUUUACUGUUAGUGAUCACAACUGGGACACCCUGAUGAGGAAAUAUGAACCGGUGCUAUUGGACUGUUUGGUUGACAACCGUAGUACAUUAAAGAUAAAAUCCUUAAUGUUAAGGCUUCAGAGGCUUCAAGAAAAAGCAAUAGAGGAAGAUGACUAUGAUAAAGCUGAUAAAUUUAGAAGGAAACUAGAAGAACUAGAACGAGAGAAGAAUUGUUCAAAAUUUCAGCUUCCUUCAAGGCAUCCUUCAAUUAUCAGCUUCUUGGACAGAUUCAGUGCACAAGUUCAAGCAGCGUUGUUCUGGGCUGCAGAUCGGGUUGGAAGUGAAGAAGCACAGCUUUGGCAAAAUAAUGAGCAAAAGCUUUUGGGUCCUGCUUACCAAAAGAGGAUAAAGAUUUCAGCCACAAAAAGAAACCAGCUUCUUCAAGAAAAGCAAUGGUUGCAGGAAGAAAUUGAAGACCUCAGAGCAAGGCUGGCUGUGCUAGAAACAAAAGAUCAACAGUUAAGGAGAGAUAUUGAAGAGCAAGAUAGGUUUAUUCAGUCGCAGGACUGCGAGUUGACUGCCUUGCUUAGCUGUGUAUCUUUGAGAGAGCUACAGGAAAUAAGCAAGGCCUUAGAUGACACUUUAGCAUUGUCAUAUCAAAUUCCAUCUAGUUUGGAUCUCCCUGGGACCAUCAAGAGGCACAUUUAUCAAAAGCAUUUCAUUCCCUCAGCUAUUAAUGAAUCAUCAUCAGUUUCAACAUGCUCCUUAUUUACUAGCACAUACACUUUCUCCCCAUCACUUGCAAUGUGCCUUCAGGAAAAAGAACAGUCACUCAACAUGUCCAUUAAAGAAAUGACUGCCAAAGUUUGUGCAAGUCAGAAACUAUGCAGUACUUUGAGGAGAAAAGUGAGUGAUAUUGAGACCCAACUACCAGCUUUACUUGAAGCCAAAAUGCUUGCUGUAUCAGGAAGUAAUUUCUGUACUGCUAAGGAUCUUGCAGAAGAAAUCAGAUCAUUAACAUCUGAGAGAGAAGGGCUGGAGGGACUUCUCAAUGAGCUGUUGGUGCUGAAUGCCAGAAAUGUCCGAAAAUUAGAGGGAAUUAAAGAAGAUUUCAACAGAUUGAAACAAGAACUGGAGCACGGGGAGUCUGCCUUUGAGACAAAUGUGAAGGAAAAUGCUGUGAAAUUCAUGGAGAUGCUGGAGGAUAAGCUGCAUAGCUGUGGGAACCAGCUGCUCGAAAGAGUGUGGGAAGCUGACUUGGAGGCCUGUCAGCUGUUGAUCCAAGGGUUUCAGCUGAAAGAAGCUGGUUGCUGUGUUUCAGAGGGAGAAGAGGGCCAAACAGAUGAGAUGGAUGCUGCUGCUGAUCACUGUUCGAACACAGAGAGGGGAAGAGAAAGCCACUUUCCAAAAGGCACAGAGCGGGGCGCUGUUCCAUGCCCCAUUGCUCAAACCAAAUGCUGUGAACUCAAAGAGGUUGUGGAGGAUAUUUCAUUUGGUACAGAUGAUGAUUUGUAUGAGGACUUCCAUGUAUUUUCUGCAGAACUGGGUGAAAAAUGUGAAGCAAUAAGUGAGAAACUGGUGCAAUUAGAAGAUCAACUCCAAGCAGCAGUCUGCAACUUGGAUGACAAUUUUAUUCAGUCUCUACAGAGGGAGAUCCAGAUGGUGAAGGAAACUCUGCAGGCCAUGCUGAUGCAGCUCCAGCCGGAUAAGGAGGCAAGAGAAAAUGAGGCUGGAGACUUCCUCUGUGACAGCUGGUGUCCAGGAAAGCAAGACUUAAAGAAAUAAUGGGUGGGGGGGUCUGGUAUUUUAAUGUUAAUUCACAAAGGGUUGCUUUUAGUAACUGAAUACUGUCUUACGAAGCCUUGAGGAUCUCUUCUCUCCCUGUAUAACUAAUAACAACUAAAUCAAUUAUGGAGAAAUGGAGCCUGGAGGUUUAUCAACAGAAGUGUUCUACACAGCUUCACAUGUUCUGGCACAGACUGGAAAACAGCUUUCAGAGCAGAGCAUCUCCGGUAAUUGUGUAGAAUACAAACUGAUCCAUUUCAAGUGAUUCAGCAAAGUCUCCUUUAAUGUCAGAGUGAGAUUUUUCUAACAAUGUUAUAAACAACUCCUUACUUGUGCAUUCUUCAGUCUUUUUCUCUUUCAACAUGUAAUGUUAAAGGCAGUAUUCUUCAGUAUUGCCGAGAGACACCUGAGGGAAUAAGUAAUUUUUUUGCCUUUGUAACAUCUUUCUUACACCCAAGUUAUUUUCAGAUUCCUAUAAAAUAUAAAACCACUAGGAUAGAAUUCAAAAUAACCAAAUUCUUCUAACUUAAAUUAGGACUGCACUUACCCACUGGCAUUCAACAUAGCAGAGCUAAUUAACAUCAGACUAGAGAAUAAUAGCUUUUCAACCAUUUUCAUUUACAUUUAAUAGCAAAUGCAUAUUAAUAUCAAAACCUCAGAACAUUUAAAGUGAUAACCUGCUGAUUUGUGUUUUUUAUAUUUGAAUACUGUAUGAACAUUAAGUAAUUUUUCUUAAUAUUAUGCUUACUUCUUUGACCUGCCCUAUAUUGUCAUAAAAAUGAAAGGUUUUUGGAUGUGUAUAUACAUAUGUAUGUUUGAUAAAGUUAUAUUAUCUGUUUAAUCUCUUUGCUACAGAAAAAAAUAAAAGGAAUGGAACUAAACCCAGCUAAAUAUUGGUGAUUUACAAUGGUGCAGUGUUCAAACAAUUCGUAAAUUGUGUACUCAUAAAUCAAAACAUUCUUACUUGGAUGCUAAAAUAAACUGAGGUUAUAAGAUUUUCA